CACAAACUGUUUCUCGUCAAAAUUACUUUUUUUGAAAAGCACUUCUCAAAAUAUGAAUCAGAAGCUUGGCCAAACCUAUAGCCACCUGCAAUAUUAGUGCUACUGCCAAUGAAACUAGGAUGUUUGUUGUCGGCUAUGUUACUCGAAUCCUUCAAAAAUAUCGCCACACUUGUGUUGGAUCUUCCAAAAAUACACAUAAUUUUUGGAGGAUCCGAUAUGCAAACAAGACAGUACUUCGGGCGGCAGAAUCCCCUAUUGCUGCUGCUGGCGAUUAUUGCAGUCCAGUGACCGUACAAUAGGCCAAAUGGAGUUUUAAUAUUCUUUUUUAAGGUUAGAAAGCGAGUAAAUAGUACUCCUAUGUGAUUGAAGGGUGUCCAUACAAGUCAAAACCGUCUAAAAAUGGGCACUUUUGAGUAUAUAGCUUUCCCUUUGGAUUCUCUCUUAGUUAAAGCAGGCCAAAGUCUUCUUGUUACCACAUAUUCUCCAGUCAAACGAUCAACAACAACUCGGCGGUGACUUCAAUGAAACUUAAUCAACAUUUUUUAAGCCCAAUAAGCUAUAUGAGUGUAGGUAUACCAUUCCUCCAUUUUCAAAGCCCUCUAACCAGUGACUACUAGUCAGUCAUGACGCAAGAAAAUGGUAAACUCCAUGUAGUUUUCAUUCCAUACUUGACACCAAGUCAUAUGAUCCCCUUAGUUGAUACAGCCAGACUCUUUGCUAGCCAUGGUAUAAAAGUUAGUAUUAUCACCACCCCCUAUAACGCCCUCCUUUUCCAGUCCUCCACCGAUCAUGCCAUCGAUUCUGGCCACCAAAUAUACGUUCACAAACUCGAAUUCCCAUCAGCUGAAGUUGGCAUUCCCGAAGGGAUUGAGAACUUCAGUGCAGCCACAACCACAGAAAUGGCUACAGGUGUAUUUAUGGGUGUUGCUUUGCUGCAAAAACCCAUGGAAGAUCUUAUCUUUGAGCUUCGUCCCCAUAGCAUCAUUUCAGACUUGUUCUUUCCAUGGACUGUGGAUGUAGCUGAGCAACUGAAGAUACCUAGACUAAUGUUUUACCCGACAAACGUUAUGUUCCAGUGUGUGGAACAUUGUUUGAAGCUGUAUACCCCUCAUGAGAAGGUAAGUUCAGAUUCGGAAAGUUUCUUGGUUCCGGGUUUGCCUGAUAAGAUUGAAAUGAAAAGAUCUCAACUACCAGACGAUGUGAAAACCAAACCUGAAGGACCAUACUGGGAUUUGAUGAAGAGAAUUAAAGAAUCAGAACCUCGGAGCUAUGCCAUGAUUUAUGACACUAUCUAUGAUCUAGAGCCUAGUUAUGCUGAGCUUUAUCAGAAAAUCAAAGGUAAAAAACCAUGGCUUAUUGGACCUUUGUUUCAUUUUUCAAAGAGAGAAGAGGCAAUUAGCAAAUCAAGAAACACUGCAGUUCAAGAGCGACACAGCAGCCUAAGUUGGCUUGAUUCUCAAAAACAAAACUCUGUUGUGUACAUUUGUUUUGGAAGUAUGGGAAGGUUUUCUGAUGCUCAGCUCACUGAAAUUGCCUUGGCUCUUGAGGCCUCGGAUUUGUCAUUUCUUUGGGUGGUGAGAAAGGGAGACAAAACCCAGGAAAAUGAGCAAGAAAGCUGGCUGCCAAUUGGCUUUGAACAAAAGAUGCUUACAAACAACAAAGGUUUGAUUGCCAGAGGUUGGGUGCCACAGCUGAAGAUUUUGAACCAUCCAGCGACUGGAGCGUUCAUGACUCACUGUGGCUGGAAUUCCACCUUGGAAUCUCUCACAGCCGGAGUGCCAAUGCUUACAUGGCCCUUGUUCGCAGAGCAAUUCUACAAUGAGAAGCUGGUAGAGCUUCUUGGAUGUGGGAUUGGGGUUGGGGCAGAGGUCUGGCACAUUUCCUUUGACAUCAAGGAUAAAAUUGUCAAGAAGGAGAAGAUAGAGGAGAGCAUGAAAAUGUUAAUGAGCACCUCCAUGGAAAGUGAAAAGAUCAGAAGUAGAGGAAAAGACAUCGAAGCAAUGGUUAAGAGGGCUGUAGAAGAAGGUGGCUCAUCUUAUAAUCAUCUAACAGCAGUAAUACAGGAGCUCAAGUGUCAUGCUUUUGGCACAUUGGGAAAGUAAUCCAAAAUUUAAUGUCCUGACCUCCUAAAUUUUCCCAAAAUAUGCAUCAAGGAUGCUGACCUCAGCUUGUAUCACAAGACAGAAUAAAAGGAAAACAGAAUAGCAUGUUACGUUUCAAGCAAUAUUUUAUAGAUGACAAAAUCUCAAGUGUUACGCAAUACUUCCCCAUGUCUCAAAUAUAGCUAUUAACAAAAGUGAGCUGCAUCUAACCUUCCAAGAUCACUAUUUUUUCCAUUUUUGUGACAGCAGGGUAUGUGAUAAGACAUGAAGAAAAGUCAGUUACCUGAGAGAGAAGUUUAUCAUCCUUUGGCCUUUGACCCUUCUUCUAU